CCUGACUCAGACUGUGGUUAUGGGGAUUAAACCAGGAAAAAACGAUUAGAUCGUGUUGCUACAAGACUCACUGGGAGUACUACACAGAGGGAGAAAUUCAAUUUGUCAGUACUUUGUGUGACGAGGUGGCCGAGUGGUUAAGGCGAUGGACUGCUAAUCCAUUGUGCUCUGCACGCGUGGGUUCGAAUCCCAUCCUCGUCGGUUGCAUGUCAAACCUUUUGUUCCAGGAAUCACAAAUGAUAUGCAUCUUGGUGGCUGCUAUUGGAUGGAGGCCAUCUGCCACCUAAGGUAGGAAGAUGGUGGCCACAAAGGAAACAAAAAAAUCGCUGGAAUCCAGCAACUGUAGGCUCCAACUUGUUAUGAAAAGUGGAAAGGAUGUGCUGGGGUACAAGCGGACUCUGAAGAUGAUCAGACAAGGCAAAGCGAAAUUAGUCAUUCUCGCUAACAACUGCCCACCUUUGAAGAAAUCAGAAAUAGAGUACAACAUAAUUUUGGCCAAAACUGGUGUCCAUCACUACAGCAGGAAUAAUAUUGAACUGGCCACAGGAUGCGGAAAAUACUACAGAGUACGAACACCUGCUAUCAUUGAUCCAGGUGGUUCUGGUAUCAUUAGAAGCAUGCCAGCACAGACUAGUGAAAAGUAAACCAUGCAAAAAUUUCCUUUAAGAAACUCACCAGAGCUAGUUUUUAAAAAAAUGUUCAUUAAUGCCACAAUAAUAUACCAUUUUUUACCCAUCAGACUGUCAAAGAUCAAAAACUUUGAUGAAGGUGGGAGGGGAAAUAACUGUCAGGUAUUGUUAGAGAGCU